GAAGCCGGUCAAGACGCUCUAGUAACAAAAAACUGCUAGCAAAGGUGUGUAGAAGGUCCUUCUCCCAAGUUAACAAGGUCUAAAAGAACUAAAUUUAUCAGUCAGAGAAAUAAAAUUUGUAUUAUGCAACAAACGUUUAAGUAAACUGAUCACAAUAAAAUAACAUUUGUUUUAUUUUUUCAGAACAUGUACAUUAGAAGUAUUCGAGAAUAUAGACCUUAGAACUGCUUAUACAUACUUUUAGUUAUUUUGAUACACAAUUAGCAACAAUUUUAAACUAUCACCUAAAUCGUCGUUUUAUGAAGAAGUUACUUAUAAUAAUAUAAUUAAUUAUGUGCCAACCAUUAUAAUGCUAUAAAAUUUUCACGACUAGGGUGUGAAUGUUAACGUGACUCAAAAUUUUAUGUGAGGUAUUUUCCGAACUGUCGGUGAAAUUAUGUAAUCUCUGAAAAUUCUAGAUACGUGAGCACGAACACGGUAAGCCCAUUUAACCUUCGACAUUUUAGUAUCAACUCAUGGCCAAUGAAAAUGACGCCUAAAAAAUAGUUUUCUCAUAACGUCUAAUUAUAGCUGGUUUUCUAAUGGAGUUACUCUUAUUCCCUAAUGAACAAGUAAUAACCGGAAUUACUUCAAUACUUAUUGCAAUAGAAUCGCCCUUCUGAAAAUGUUUUACAAUAAUUAUUUCAGUUAGGCAGAGCAAAAAGUUUACAUUAAAUAAAUAUGUAUUGGUUUUUACAAAGUCAUGGUAUAGUUAAUGUAAAUAUAAAUAAUUAAAAUUAAUAAUAUAAGUUGGUUUUCCAGUAUCGGUUUUUAGGACGUCAUUAGCAACAAUGCCUCAUUGUUUCAGCAUGUUAGGUAAAUCGACCAAAAAUUCCUUUUAUAUUCCGUACAAUGGGCAUUGUGGUUUUCCUGUUUUUACCAGAAACACUGUACCUAUUUCAUGUUCUCCUAUUUUUAUCAUCCAUAAUGCCAUAGGUAUCAAAAGGCUACGUGGUUUGCGUCAUUGUAAAAUAUUAUAAUUAAAAUACUGACGUAACUGGAGGCAUUAUCACCAUAAUUUUAAUGACCAUAACGUUGAUAUUGGCAUGUUCUAAUUUGGCUGGAAAACUAAUAUAAAUACUCACUUUCCCUAAGCUGUUAGUUAGUCCUAAUCUGCAACCCGAGUCACACGAGACAUACCAAUAUUAUUUAAAAUGGGUUCACAUUGUUCUAAAAACCGAUCCUGUAGAAACUAUGUUACUCCUACUCAAAAGAGUAACGUCCGUGAAAUUUUGAAGCGAGAACAUGAACACAUAAUGCAAGGGAUAGUGGCAUUUUCCUGCAACAUCUCUCUGGAAAAUAAGAAUAUGAAGAAGAACAGAUAUCCUGAUGCGCCCUGCUUUGAUUACAACCGGGUGGUCCUUCCAAUUCGGAAGGGUCUCGACGAUUACAUCAAUGCUAGCUACGUCGACGGACACAACAUGAAGAGAAGAUUUAUCUGUACCCAGGGUCCAUUGGAAGAAACGGCCCUCGACUUCUGGCAAGCUGUGUAUCAAGACCGCGUUCGUGUUAUCGUCAUGAUUACGAAGACCUAUGAAGAUAACAAACAAAAGUGCUACCCCUAUUGGAUGACUCACGAAAGAUCCACCGUGACCUACGGUGAACUUAAAAUACGGACCAAGAAAAUAAAAAGCUUCCGCAACUAUAAGGUGACGACUUUGUGUCUCACUAAUACUAAUACUGGAACCGUAUUAGACAUCAAGCAUUUCGCUUACGAAGACUGGCCUCAGGGUGGCGUUCCUUCAGAUGUGAAUAACUUCCUGGACUUCGUUUUGGCAGUGAGGCAUGCUGAUUCAAAAACUGAAGUUCCGAUCUCAAGUGAAAGCCGUGUGAAAGAGUCUCCUAUCUUGGUGCAUUCCAGCGCAGGUCUGGACCGGGCGCCAGCGUUUUGCGUGAUAGAUAUCUGCAUUUCAAAGUACAGUGAAAGUGCAAUUAUACCGUUGUUAACAACAGUGCGUGAUCUUCGUAGGCAGAGAAACAAUUGUCUCUCUUUAUCUACGCAAUACAUAUUCUGCUACUUUACAGUGCUCCAGUUUGUUAUGUCAACGCCUUGUUAGAUAAAAUACAGCUAUUCGAUGCACAGUGUAAUUUUAGUAGAUUGUAAGUAAAGAUUAGUUAUUCAGAUAAGUUUGGUUGUGUAUCUGGUGUAUUUAAUCUUAUAACUUACUUUUAUUUAGAAUAGAUCGCUCACCUCUUGCUUAUUAUUGUCUAUGAUAAAUUUGUUCACGAUUUUAAUUACAAAUUAAAAAAGCUAUAGAAUCUCAUUUCAAUCGAUCUAGGGAUUUCCUUGUCUAGCACACAAAGUUAUCUGUAUUGAUAAAUUCUAUAUAUUAAUUCUCAAUUUCAAAUGGGGAAUGAUUUAAAAAAUUAAAACUUUUCAAGGAUAUUUUGAAUGAUAGUAAUUUGUUUGUU